AUGGCAGAUAAUAAAAUUGAGCCCGCAGCAAUGACCAAAACGUCGUCCGUUAGCAAUUUAGAAUACAAAUUUUCGGAUAAACUUUUGGCACAAAUGCGCGAAUGUCGUUCUAAUAAUCAAUUCAUUGAUAUUGUUUUCAUUGUUGGCGAGCGGCAGAAACGCGUUUCAGCACAUCGUCUUGUGCUGGCUGCAUCAAGCCAAUACUUUAUGGAGCUUUUUACAACAGAUAUGGAUGCAAGUGAAAUUGCAUUAAAACAUAUUGAUGCCAAUAGUUUCGAAACUUUAAUAAACUACUGUUACUCAGGCGAUUUCUCGCCCGAUGAGCGCACAGCACGCAAAUUACUAAUAGCUGCACAAGUAUUGCAAUUUAACGAUAUUGUGCGUUAUUGCAACCGUUUUAUAGUAAAUAAAUUAAGUUAUAGCAACUUAUUGGACGUGAUCUCGUUCGCUGAUGAACAUGGUUUUAAGGAUUUGCGUAAUAAAGCGUUUGUAUUUGCCAUAGAGCAUUUCAAGGAGGCACUCUCAAGCGGACAAUUAAUGCGUUUCAGUCCCACACUGAUGGAGGAGUUGGUGGAGAGCGAUGAAUUGAAUGUUUACAGUGAAGAAGAUGUUUUUGAUGCUAUAAUGCGUUGGCAUAAAUAUGAUGAGGAAAAUCGUAGACCAUAUUUAAUAAAUUUACUGUCAUCUUUACGUAUUACACAAUUGGAGCCGGCAUUUGUGUUCAAACAUAUUAAACCAAUACCAGGAAGUGAGCGUUUAAUAUUGGAUGCGUUGGAUUGGUUUCACGUGCCGGAAACACGUUGGCAAACUAAAUUAAAAUACACCAAGCCGCGCAAUACACGCAACUGUCUAAUGGCAGUGGAAGUCAAUAUAAUGGAUGAGAAUAAGCGCUUUCUACGUUAUAAUCCUAGUGAAGAUUCCUGGUCGAAUUGUGGUCAGGUUUUAGGCGAGAAGACCGAUUAUGGCACAAUAUUUGUUAAAAACUCACUUGUCUUUAUUGGCACAAAAUAUUUAGUGCGCUUUGAUUUGGAUAAACAACAAUGGGAGGCGCCACAACCCGUGCGCAAACGACGUGAAUUGAUAUGUGUUGCGUUAUUGCAUGAUAAUAUUUAUUUAAUUGGCGGUUAUUGUAAGGUGACCAAAAAUACAGUGGAGAUGUUCGAUAUGCGCACAGGCGAUUGGCUACGUGUAGCGCCAAUGUUGGAGGGACGUUAUUGUGCUAAAGCAGUUGUUUUUGACGAACGCAUCUAUGUAAUGGGUGGCUCUGAGAAUGAAUGUGCGCUAAACUCCGUGGAAUGUUACGAUCCUAUGGUGGAUACGUGGGAAGCACGUACGGGUAUGGUGGAAGCGCGCGCUUCGCCAGGUGCAGCUGUCGCUCAUGGCUAUAUUUAUGUAAUGGGAGGAUAUAACGAGAUACCUUUGGCCACUGUGGAACGUUAUAAUCCCAUAAAGGAUGAAUGGAUGAAACUUUGCUCCUUAACAACGGCGCGAAGUCGCAUUAGUGCAGUUGUUUUCAAUUUUCACAUAAUGGCGUUAGGUGGCACCAGAAACGGCGAGGGUGUCGAUUGCGUAGAAGAAUAUAAUGAGGAAGAAGAUAAAUGGGUACAAAAGAAACCAUUACCCAAUGGUGCUGCCUACAGUGCUUUUAUUGUACCAACCCAUUUGGCUGAUAAGUUGCUAAACGUUCUAUCGGACGCCACUCAGCCCACACAUUAAGGCAAUCUGGAGCUGUAAAAUAAUUGAAAUAUACCAACAAUGCUAUAGAUAUUAUAUAAUAGUAACACAUAUUGGUUUUCACAUAUUUACGGAUAAUUUAUUUGAUCAUUCAUUAUGUUUUUAGCAAAUGUUAUCAUUUACUGUAAAACAGCGCAGAAAUUCUAAAUACAUACGCACAUAUGGGA